AUGUCGACCGAACACGUCAACGUCAACGGCCACGGCCACGGCCACGGCAACCCAGCGAAUACUAAACCAUCAUGGUACAAGCAGGAUGUGACGGAGAUCAGCCCAGAAGCGCAGUGGUUGCUGGAGAGCUACUCCAAGAUCCAGCCGGACGAGGUUCUUCCUCAUGUGCUUGCGGUGCGCGACAAAGCAUUCAACGUCUACCCCUACCCAUGUCUCGGAUCCAUGCGCUUCCUGUCCUUCAAGCUCCCCCGCGUGCCCGUCUACGAUCGCAUCCUCGACCUCCUCCGCUUCAAACCCAGCACACACUUCCUCGACGUGGGCUGCUGCGUCGGCCAAGAAGUCCGAUAUCUAGCCAGCCAAGGCAUUCCCACACGACAGCUCCACGGAAGCGAUCUCGAGCGGUCCUUCAUCGACAUUGGCUUCCAACUAUUCCGGGAUAGGGAUGCGCUUGCUGGGAAUUUCGUCACGGGCGAUCUGCUCGCCCCGUCGGAUGUCUACCACCAAUGCCCCCUUGCGAAGACGCUGGACGGGAAGAUCGACAUUAUCUGGGCCGGUUCAUUGUUCCAUCUAUGGGACUAUGAGGACCAGGUUCUUGUGGCGACGCGGCUGGUCGAUCUCUGUCGCGAGAAGGGAGGGGUUAUGAUUGCCGGGUCGCAAUUGGGGAGUUUGCUGGGGGGGAGGUACGUGGUGGACGCAACGCGCGCACAUUACCGACAUAAUAUCGAGACGAUCAAGGGAUUCUGGUGCGAUGUCGGGGAGAGGUCGGGGACGAGAUGGACCGUCGAGGCGGGGCUUUUCGAACAGGAGGACGCGCUGGAGAUGAGCCAGACACAGGCUGGGGGGGAUGAGAAUACGAGGUUUAUAUGGUGGUGCGCGACGCGAGAGAGGCUGUAG